AUGUCAGGGUCGGAUCACAGAAUUCACGUGCUCCUCGUCUCAUACCCAGCCCAAGGCCACAUCAACCCGCUUCUCCAGUUGGCGAAGCGGCUCGCCGGCCACCGCGGCAUCCGCUGCACCCUCGCCGUGACCCGGUCCGUGCUCGGCAACUCCGGCGGACCAUCUCAGGCCGGCGCGGUCCAUAUCGCCGCCUUCUCGGACGGGUGCGACCGGCAGGGCUACGAUGAGGUCGGCGAUGUGCAGACCUUCCUGGCACGGCUCGAGUCGGUCGGGUCGUCCACGCUGGACGAGCUCCUCCGCUCCGAAUCGGAGCAGGGCCGGCCGGUGCACGCCGUCGUGUACGACGCGUUCCUCCUCUGGGCGCCGCGUGUGGCACGGCGGCACGGCGCCAAGUGCGCGGCCUUCUUCACGCAGGCGUGCGCGGUGAACGUGGUGUACGCCCACGCGUGGGCAGGCCUUGUGAAACUCCCGGUGGACAAGCAGAACGCGCCGGCGCAGCUUCCUGGCCUGCCCACGAUGCUGUCGCCGGCCGACUUCCCAUCCUUCCUCACGGAUCCGGGCAGCAGCCCCGCUUACCUGCACCUGCUGCUGCAGCAGUGCGAAGGGCUUGAGGUGGCAGACUACAGUCUCAUCAACUCAUUUCACGAGCUGCAGCCCAAGGAAGCAGAGUAUUUGUCGUCGAGAUGGGGGGCCAAGGCGGUUGGCCCGAGCAUCCCGUCGGCGUACCUCGACAACCGCAUGGCCGACGACACGUCCUACGGCUUCCACCUCCACACUCCGAUGGCGGCGGAAAGUAUGGCUUGGCUAGACGACAGACCGGCGCGCUCUGUGGCGUACGUUUCCUUCGGCAGCCUCGCCACGCCCGACCCGGCGCAGGUGGCCGAGGUCGCCGAGGGGCUGUACAGCAGCGGCCAACCCUUCGUGUGGGUCGUCAGGGCGUCCGAGACCUGGAAGCUGCCUGAGGGCUUCAUCGGCAAGGCCAUGGGGCGGGGGCUCUUCGUGACAUGGAGCCCGCAGUUGGAGGUGCUGGCGCACCCGGCCGUCGGGUGCUUCGUCACCCACUGCGGGUGGAACUCGACGAUAGAGGCCCUGAGCAUCGGCGUGCCCAUGGUCGCGGUGCCGCAGUGGUCAGACCAGCCGACCAACGCCAAAUACGUCGAGGACGUCUGGCACGUGGGUGUGCAGGUGAAAGGGGUGGUGACCAAGGAGGAGCUCGCGAGGUGCAUCAGAGAGGCCAUGGAUGAUGCCAAGGGCUACAGGACGAAUGCUGCAAGCUGGAGCCACAAGGCGAAGAAGGCCAUGAGUGAAGAUGGCAGCUCAGACCGCAACAUUGCCGACUUCCUUUCCAAACUUGGACUGAGCACAUGA